GGAACAGAGCAGAGCAGAACACCUUGAACUCUUCUCUGCACCCGAACACGAUGCUCGCUGCUACCAGGCUCACCACCGCGCGCCGCGCCGCGCCGCAGCUCACCACCGUCGCCAAGCGCUGGACUUCGAGCACCAAGGAGGGCUCGGUCGCGCAGUCCAAGGAGUUCUCGAAGAGGGAGAAGGCGCAGGAGGACAGCUACGCUCGCAAGCACGAGCAAGAGCUCCUCAAGAAGAUGCGUGACGAGAUCGAGAAGAAGCGCAAGGAGCUGGAAGCCCUUGAGAAGCAGCACGCUGAUGAGGUCGCGAAGUCCAACAAGGACUGAGCGGAGGGCGGGAAGGAUUGAUUCUUUUCCUUUCUUACUCUCAUGGCUGUCUUCACGCAAACCAAGGACGGAUAAAUACUCACCGAUCUGUACUGCUACGUCCGUGAAUGCCCUUCAUCGCCGUCUUCUUCGCAAACCAUGUCUGAGCUCUUGGCGUUUUCCGC